UAGGCUCCUCUUUUGUGCUCUUAGAUGCAAACUUUCUUCACGUUAAAAGAUUUACUGAGAUUUAUUCCUUCUCUUCUGUGUUCAUGCAAACAUUCUUCUCUCAGAGACAUAACUCACCAAGGGUGUUGAUUCCUUCUCUUCAGUUUUCUUAGAUGCAACCAUUACUGUCUCAAAGACUCCCCAAGAUCUUGAUCUUGAUCUUGAUCUGUUUUGUUAUCUAUCAAGACUGUCUUAUGGGAAUGGUGUUUCAUGAGGGACACCAGCCCAAAUGCAGUUCCGUCACCAACCCUCGAUCUUCGUCCUCGAAGAAGAACAAAGCCAAGAAAAUCCCUCAGCGUGGGCUUGGAGUAGCCCAACUCGAAAAACUUCGAAUUGAAGAACAACAGAAGAAUAACUGUUCCGGCUCUUCUUCUUCUUUGCCUUUGAAUCCUUUACAUCCUAUCGUUUCUUCGCAGAAAAAACCAUGUAUCCCGUAUUUUGCGUCAGAACCUAGUCCUAGCCUGUUCAGAUCUGCAGCAGUUAGCUCUUUGAAUCCGACCGUCGACUUUUUUAAGCAGUCUGCAAGUAACUGUGAAGAGGAUUUGGAUAAUUUUAACGUUUCAGAAAAGAUUGGCAUUCUCGGUUUAAAUCAGCAUCAGAAUCCCAUGGCAAACAACAAAAUAGGAUUUAUACCAGUAUCUUCAGGAGUUAAUCUCCAGAUAGAGCCCCCUUCAAACCAAAAUUACAGCAACAACGCUUUUCAGAGAGAGGAAGUGCAGGUUGCUGGCACGAACUUACCAUGGCCUUUUUAUCCUGAAACUGUAAAUGAGAUUGCCUUGCGCUACAAAAUCCCUCAGUACAACAAUCCUUUUCUGAAUCCUGAAGAACUGUCGAACUAUGGACUACCUCCUUUGAGAUUUGAACACAAACGCAGAGAUUAUGGAAAAUCUCCCUUGACAAUAUUUGAAAACAGAUUCACUGGAUACAGUAAAGAAGGAGCUCCAAGUUAUAACUCAUACCAAGUUGACAGGAAGAAAUCAGAGGUUCAUAUGAAAAAGCGUCUAAGAGAUAUCGAUGCAUCUUUAGACAGUGGAUUUCUCUCUUUAGGCAAUUCUUCAACACAGUCCUCAUCAAAACUGAAGCACUCAAUUAUGCAGUCUCAAGGAAAUUUGGAAAAUCCUGCAAAAAGAACUGAAAAUUCAUCUGAACAAACUUUCUACUCAUUCUUGCCAAUGGCGCCGAGCUCUCAUGAGACAGAUGCAAAUGAAGAAAGCAAUAUUGAUUUGAAUCUGAAACUUUACUAGAUUAGUGCAGACUUAUCCCUUACUGUACUUCUCUUGAGAUAAAUGCAAAUGAAGAAAGCAAUGGUGAAGAGAAUGAUCCAUCAGUGUAAUCGAGAAUUAAAUGUAUGAAGUGGAUAUAAGAGUUUUAUCAGACUUGUGUUUAGUUCAUCUUAUUGAUAAUAAAUCAAACCAUGAUAAGUCAUUUUUUUU